AUGGAGGUGGGGACGUGGGCGGUGGUGGUGGCGGCGGCGGCCGCGUACCUGGCGUGGUUCUGGCGGCUGUCGCGGGGGCUCAGCGGGCCGCGGGUGUGGCCGGUGCUCGGCAGCCUGCCGGGGCUGGUGCAGCACGCCGAGGACAUGCACGAGUGGAUCGUCGGCAACCUCCGCCGCACGGGCGGCACGUACCAGACCUGCAUCUUCGCGGUGCCCGGGGUGGCGCGCCGCGGCGGGCUGGUCACCGUCACGUGCGACCCGCGCAACCUGGAGCACGUCCUCAAGGCGCGCUUCGACAACUACCCCAAGGGCCCCUUCUGGCACGCCGUCUUCCGGGACCUGCUCGGCGACGGCAUCUUCAACUCCGACGGCGACACCUGGGUCGCGCAGCGGAAGACCGCCGCGCUCGAGUUCACCACGCGCACGCUCCGGACGGCCAUGUCCCGCUGGGUGUCGCGCUCCAUCCACCUCAGGCUGCUGCCCAUCCUGGAGGAGGCCGCCACCGAGAAGACGCACGUCGACCUGCAGGACCUCCUCCUCCGCCUCACCUUCGACAACAUCUGCGGCCUGGCGUUCGGCAAGGACCCCGAGACGCUCGCGCCGGGCCUGCCGGAGAACGCCUUCGCCUCAGCCUUCGACCGCGCCACGGAGGCCACGCUCAACCGCUUCAUCUUCCCGGAGUGCCUGUGGCGGUGCAAGAAGUGGCUGGGCCUCGGCAUGGAGACCACGCUGGCCCGCAGCGUCGCGCACGUGGACGAGUACCUCGCCGCCGUCAUCAAGGCGCGCAAGCUCGAGCUCGCGCCGGGCAGCGGCAGGUGCGACGCGGCGGGUGCCGUGGCGCACGACGACCUGCUCUCCCGGUUCAUGCGCAAGGGCUCCUACUCGGACGAGUCGCUGCAGCACGUGGCGCUCAACUUCAUCCUCGCCGGCCGCGACACCUCCUCCGUGGCGCUCUCCUGGUUCUUCUGGCUCGUAUCCACGCACCCCGACGUGGAGCGCAAGAUCGUGUGCGAGCUCUGCGCCGCGCUCGCCGCGUCCCGCGGCUCCCACGACCCGGCAUUGUGGCUGGCGUCGCCCUUCACCUUCGAGGAGAUCGACCGCCUCGUCUACCUCAAGGCGGCGCUCUCGGAGACCCUGCGCCUGUACCCGUCCGUCCCGGAGGACUCCAAGCACGUCGUCGCCGACGACUACCUCCCGGACGGCACGUUCGUCCCGGCGGGGUCGUCGGUGACCUACUCCAUCUACUCGGCGGGGCGCAUGAAGACGGUGUGGGGGGACGACUGCCUCGAGUUCCGCCCCGAGCGGUGGCUGUCCGCCGACGGCGCUCGCUUCGAGCCGCACGACUCGUACCGGUUCGUGGCGUUCAACGCCGGGCCGAGGAUCUGCCUCGGCAAGGACCUGGCCUACCUGCAGAUGAAGAACAUCGCCGGCAGCGUGCUCCUCCGCCACCGCCUGGCCGUCGCGCCGGGCCACCGCGUCGAGCAGAAGAUGUCGCUCACGCUGUUCAUGAAGCACGGGCUCCGGAUGGAGGUGCACCAGCGCGACCUGGCCCCGGUCAUCGACGAGCUCCGCGGGGCCGACGCGGCGGCGGCAAGGCCGGCCACGGCGCCGUGCGCGUAGAGGAUCCGGGGUCCCGCGCGCCAAGAUCCGUGCCGCCGAGGAGACACCGAGCAUUGAAUGUUGUAGAUAAGCGUACAAGACAGUAAGUAAAUUAAAUGGGUCUGGUAGAGCAUUCAAGUCACUUCCUUCCGCAAUUUACCAUUCUGAUGAGGGAGACGGGAAAAUUUUGCAAUUGGCAAGAUCUAAGCUAGAUUUGGAUCCGGGCAUGUACUGCUACAAAAGGGGUGAAACAAAAGGGGAGAGUAAAAAAAAGAUAGAGUAAUAAUUCAGGAUCGAGUGCUGCAGAUUAUUUGGUCGAGGCAGUUCGUGUUGGUGACCAGCCAACUGUUCUACUAUUAUUCCUUCUUUAUUUUAAAACUUUUUUCAUGUUUUUUCAGUAUUAUUAUAUUCCUAGAGAGUUGUUCAAUUUACCAAGAAACAUGUAAAGUAAACGUGUACUGAACCUUCUUUUGCUUCUUUGAGACCAUCAUUUU